UGCGCCCCAUCCGGUACACUCCCCUGUGGUGGCGCACUGGCGUCGGGCUCGAGGAGGGCGUGGGGGGCUGCAGGCCUAAAUGACCUUUAGGAUUGGCGCGGGAGGCACUGGGCGACACUCCCUCACAUUGUGCUGAGAGUCAUCAAUUAUGCAGGGAAGCCGUUCGCUCUGAGGAGGGCCGCUACUGCUGGAGGUGGAGGUGGAGGUGCUGGUGUGCGCGUGGAGGGGGGAAGACGGCAGCAGCAAUAUGGCGACAACCGCAGUUUCUCCCAGACCAUUCGCGCCUCUGCAGUCCCGUGACGGUUCCACUUUUCGCCUGUGACGCUUCCGAGAUCUGCUAACUUGGAUGGUCACAACCUAAAGACCACGUAGCUGCAGGAUGAAAACAUGGCUGCACCCCUUCUCGCACCGCCAGGACCUGACAGCUUUAAGAGAUUUAAUGUGGAAUCUUUGGCGGCCCUCGAGCAGCGCAUCAACGAGGAGAAGAACAAGAAGCCGCCCAAGCAGGACAGCAGUUACCGUGAUGACGAUGAUGAGAACAAGCCCAAGCCCAACAGCGACCUGGAGGCUGGCAAGAGCCUGCCCUACAUCUAUGGGGACAUCCCUAAGGGAAUGGUGGCGGUACCACUGGAGGAUUUGGACCCGUACUACCUGAACUCUCAGAAAACAUUUAUAGUGCUAAAUAGGGGGAAGACAAUCUUCCGUUUCAGUGCCACACCUGCCUUGUACUUCAUAAGUCCUUUUAAUCCGGUUAGGCAAUUAGCUAUUAAAAUUUUGAUACAUUCUCUUUUCAGCAUGAUCAUUAUGUGUACUAUUUUGACCAACUGUAUAUUCAUGACCUUUAGUGAUCCUCCUGAGUGGUCAAAACAAGUAGAGUACACCUUCACAGGAAUUUAUACAUUUGAGUCGCUUGUAAAAAUCACGGCACGAGGAUUCUGUAUAGAUGGCUUUACAUUCCUCCGAGAUCCAUGGAACUGGCUGGACUUUAUGGUCAUCUCCAUGGCGUAUAUAACAGAGUUUGUAAACCUAGGCAAUGUCUCAGCUCUGCGCACGUUCAGGGUGUUGAGGGCAUUGAAAACUAUUUCUGUCAUUCCAGGCCUGAAGACCAUCGUGGGUGCCCUCAUCCAGUCUGUCAAGAAGCUUUCCGAUGUGAUGAUCCUGACCGUCUUCUGCCUCAGUGUCUUUGCACUAAUUGGUCUGCAGCUCUUCAUGGGCAACUUACGCCACAAGUGUGUGAUCUGGCCGAUCAACACAAACGAGAGCUACCUGCUCAACGGAAGCCGGGGCUUUGACUGGGACGAGUAUAUCACAAACAGGACCAAUUUCUACAUACUGCCUGGCCAGAUUGAUGCCCUACUUUGUGGGAACAGCUCAGACUCAGGCCGUUGCCCAGAGGGAUACACGUGCAUGAAAGCUGGAAGGAAUCCAAACUACGGUUACACCAGCUUCGACAGCUUCGGAUGGGCCUUUCUUGCUCUCUUCCGACUCAUGACACAGGACUUCUGGGAAAACCUCUACAUGCUGACCCUGAGGGCAGCAGGAAAGACCUACAUGAUCUUCUUUGUGUUGGUGAUUUUUGUGGGUUCGUUCUACUUGGUCAACCUGAUCCUCGCUGUGGUAGCCAUGGCAUAUGAGGAGCAGAACCAAGCAACCAUGGAAGAGGCUGCGCAGAAGGAAGAGGAGUUUAAGGCCAUGCUGGAGCAGCUCAAGAAAAACCAAGAAGAAGCUCAGACUGCUGCCAUGGCAACUUCAGCCGGAACAGUAUCAGAGGAUGCAGUUGAGGAUGAUGGAGGAGGGAGACUGUCAUGCAGUUCUUCUGAAAUGUCCAAGCUCAGCUCCAAAAGUGCCAAAGAGCGACGCAACCGGAAGAAAAAGUGGCGUCAGAAAGAGCAAGAGAAGGAGAAAGGCGACAGUGAGAAAUUUGUCAAGUCCGAGUCAGACGACGGCAGCAAGAGGAGUCGCUUCCGCUUUCCUGAUAACCGCCUGGGAAGAAAAUCUUCCAUUAUGAACCAGUCCCUCCUCAGCAUACCAGGCUCGCCCUUCUUGUCUCGCCACAACAGCAAGAGCAGCAUCUUCAGUUUCAAGGGCCGCGGCAAAGAUGUCGGUUCAGAGAAUGAGUUUGCUGACGACGAACACAGCACGGUGGAGGAGUGUGAAGAGCGUCGGGGCUCCCUGUUCAGCCCUUACCGGCGCAGCAGCUAUAGUGGCUACCACGGGAAGAGGAACAGCACUGUGGAUUGCAACGGCGUGGUGUCUCUCAUCGGCCCUGGGCCCGGUGGACGCCUUCUGCCUGAGGUGAAAAUAGAUAAGGCAGCUACUGACGACAGUCCCACUACUGAGGUUGAGGUGAAGAAGAAGCUGUCUGGCUCUCUGAUGGUGUCUGUGGACCAGCUCAAUACCUCCUUUGGGCGGAAAGAGCGGGCCAACAGUGUCAUGAGCGUCAUUACCAACACGCUAGUGGAGGAACUGGAGGAGUCCCAGCGCAAGUGUCCUCCUUGUUGGUAUAAAUUUUCAAACACAUUCCUAAUAUGGGAAUGCUCUCCCACGUGGCUGAAGAUCAAGGAGAUUGUCAACCUGAUAGUCAUGGAUCCAUUUGUGGAUUUGGCAAUCACCAUCUGCAUUGUCCUCAACACGCUCUUCAUGGCUAUGGAGCACUACCCGAUGACGCCUGACUUUGAGGACAUGUUGUAUGUGGGGAAUCUGGUGUUCACUGGGAUAUUUGCUGGGGAAAUGAUGUUCAAAUUAGUGGCUAUGGACCCCUACUACUACUUCCAAGAAGCCUGGAAUUGUUUUGAUGGGUUCAUCGUAACGCUGAGCUUAGUUGAGCUGGCGCUAGCUGACGUCGAGGGCUUGUCUGUGCUGAGGUCAUUCCGACUGCUCAGAGUGUUUAAACUGGCCAAGUCGUGGCCAACUCUCAACAUGCUGAUCAAGAUCAUUGGCAACUCCGUAGGUGCUUUAGGGAACUUGACUCUUGUGUUGGCCAUCAUCGUCUUCAUCUUUGCCGUGGUGGGCAUGCAGCUGUUUGGGAAGAGUUACAAAGACUGUGUAUGCAAGAUCGACCUUGACUGUGAACUGCCACGCUGGCACAUGAACGACUUCUUCCACUCCUUCCUGAUCGUCUUCCGGGUUCUAUGUGGCGAAUGGAUUGAGACUAUGUGGGAUUGCAUGGAAGUGGCCGGUCAGGGCAUGUGCCUCAUCGUCUUUAUGAUGGUGAUGGUCAUUGGCAACUUGGUGGUGUUGAACCUGUUCCUUGCCUUGCUCCUGAGCUCAUUCAGUGCUGACAAUUUGGCUGCCACGGAUGACGACGGUGAGCUUAACAACUUGCAGAUUUCUGUCAUUCGCAUCAAGAAAGGCAUCGCAUGGAUCAAAGCCAAGAUGCGGCUGCUGGUGGCCAGUCUGCUGAGGAAACCACCCAUGGAGGACGAGCAGAAGCCUUUGGACGACAUGUACGACAAGAAGCUGAACUGUAUUGCCAACCACACCGGGGUGGAUAUAAACCGUGAUCUUGACUAUGCAAAGAAUGGCAAUGGCACCACCAGCGGUAUUGGCAGCAGCGUGGGCAAGUAUAUGAUCGAUGAAGACCACAUGUCGUUCAUCCACAACCCCAACCUGACCGUCUGCGUGCCCAUCGCUGUUGGGGAGUCUGACUUUGAGAACCUAAAUACAGAGGACUUCAGCAGCGAGUCUGAUAUUGAGAACAGCAAAGAGCUGGACGAUACCAGUUCGUCAGAGGGCAGCACUAUUGACAUCAAGCCAGAUGUGGAGGAGGUGGUGGUUGUGGAGACGGUGGAGGAAUACAUGGAACCAGAAGCAUGUUGGACAGAUGCGUGCGUGGCCAAGUACAAGUGCUGCGAUGUCGACAUCACCAUUGGCUGGGGGAAGAGCUGGUGGUUCCUGAGGAAAACCUGCUACUUGAUCGUGGAGCACAACUGGUUUGAGACUCUCAUCAUCUUUAUGAUCCUUCUCAGCAGUGGAGCCCUGGCCUUUGAGGAUGUGUACAUUGAACAAAGGAAAACCAUUCGGAUCAUUUUGGAGUAUGCGGACAGAGUUUUCACCUACAUCUUUAUCCUGGAGAUGCUGUUGAAAUGGGUUGCCUAUGGUUUUGUCAAGUACUUCACCAAUGCUUGGUGUUGGCUGGACUUCUUCAUCGUGGAUGUGUCUAUAGUCAGCCUUGUAGCUAAUGCGCUGGGCUACUCCGAUCUAGGGCCCAUUAAAUCACUCAGGACACUAAGGGCCUUGAGACCCCUCAGAGCCUUGUCACGUUUUGAAGGGAUGAGGGUGGUGGUCAACGCCUUGGUAGGAGCCAUCCCUUCCAUUAUGAAUGUGCUGCUGGUUUGCCUCAUCUUUUGGCUGAUUUUUAGUAUCAUGGGGGUCAACUUGUUUGCGGGCAAGUACUACUACUGUUUCAACGAGACCUCCGAGGAGUACUUUCCAAUUGACGUGGUCAACAACAAGACCCAAUGUUUGGCUCUCGUUGAGCAAAACUUUACGGAGGUUAGGUGGAAGAAUGUUAAAAUCAACUUUGACAACGUGGGCGCCGGCUACCUGGCUUUGCUGCAAGUGGCCACAUUCAAAGGGUGGAUGGAUAUUAUGUAUGCUGCUGUGGAUUCUAGAGAGGUGGAAGACCAGCCUGACUAUGAAGUAAACAUCUAUAUGUACAUCUACUUUGUGGUUUUCAUUAUCUUCGGGUCCUUCUUUACCCUCAAUCUCUUCAUUGGUGUGAUCAUUGACAACUUCAACCAACAAAAGAAGAAGUUUGGAGGUCAGGAUAUUUUCAUGACAGAGGAACAGAAGAAGUAUUACAAUGCCAUGAAGAAAUUGGGCUCUAAAAAACCUCAGAAACCCAUCCCUCGACCACAGAACAAGAUCCAAGGAAUGGUUUUUGACUUUGUCACGCAGCAAGUUUUCGAUAUCUCCAUCAUGAUCCUCAUUUGUCUCAACAUGGUCACCAUGAUGGUGGAAACAGAUGACCAAUCUGAUGAGACAGAAAAUGUUCUCUACUGGGUCAACUUCAUCUUCAUUGUAGUCUUCACUACAGAGUUUUUGCUGAAGCUUUUCGCUCUUCGACACUAUUACUUCACCAAUGGAUGGAAUAUCUUUGAUGUGGUGGUGGUCAUCUUGUCCAUUGUGGGUAUGUUCCUGGCUGACUUAAUUGAGAAGUACUUCGUGUCUCCAACCUUGUUCAGGGUGAUCCGUUUGGCCCGUAUCGGACGUAUCUUGCGUCUUAUCAAAGGAGCAAAGGGCAUCCGAACUUUACUCUUCGCCUUGAUGAUGUCAUUGCCAGCCCUGUUCAACAUCGGCCUCUUGCUCUUCCUGGUCAUGUUUAUCUUCUCCAUCUUCGGCAUGUCCAACUUUGGUUACGUGAAGCAUGGUGCCGGUAUCGACGACUUAUACAACUUUGAGACUUUUGGCAAUAGCAUGAUAAUCCUGUUCAUGAUCACCACUUCGGCCGGCUGGGAUGGCUUGCUUUUGCCCAUCCUCAACUAUCCGCCGGACUGCAACCCCAACCUGGAAAACCCCGGCACCUCUGUCAAGGGCGACUGCGGUAACCCGUCAGUGGGAAUAUUUUUCUUUGUCAUGUAUAUUAUUAUUUCCUUCCUGAUUGUGGUCAACAUGUACAUUGCCAUCAUUCUGGAGAACUUUAGUGUAGCCACAGAGGAGAGUGCCGAUCCUCUCAGUGAGGACGACUUUGAGACCUUCUAUGAGAUCUGGGAGAAGUUUGAUCCCACUGCCUCUCAGUUCAUCACUUUUGCCAAGCUGUCUGACUUUGCUGAUGCUUUAGAGCACCCACUUCGUGUGCCAAAGCCCAACACUAUUGAGCUGAUUGCCAUGGAUAUGCCCAUGGUGAGCGGCGAUCGCAUCCACUGCCUUGACAUCCUGUUUGCCUUCACUAAGCGUGUUCUAGGCGACAGCGGCGAGUUGGACAUGCUGAGGCAGCAGAUGGAGGAGCGCUUUGUAGCGGCGAACCCUUCCAAGGUGUCGUACGAGCCAAUCACCACUACGCUACGCCGAAAGCAGGAGGACGUUUCGGCCAGGAUCAUCCAGAAUGCCUAUCGUGCUCAUCUCAUCCGUCGCGGCAUCAUCUUCAAACGACACGCAUUCGUAAACAAUAAACUGGAAAAUGGAGGCACCAACCAGGAAAAGAAGGAGAGCACGCCAUCUACAGCCUCACUUCCGUCAUAUGACAGUGUGACCAAACCUGACAAGGAGAAGCAAGAUGACAACAAGGAUGAGUGGGCAAGAAAGGAGAAGGACAAAAACCAAAAAGAUGAGUGGGAAUCUAAGUGUUAGCCACCUUGAGGCCCUUGAGCCCCACCGUUGUAGGAACAGCGAUCAUUUUGCAAGUAAUAAAACCCGAGAAAAACGCUGGAAAAAGAUGUUUACAGACUACUGAGGCAACAUGGUUACUUAUGUCAUCAAAGACACCUGAACCAAACAAUCAGUUUACUGUGGAACUUUGUUGUAUAAUGCCCAAGAUCUUAGAUGUAGAGACUCAAUACAGCAGGCUGGCCAUGAACACACAUACACAAACACAAAUACGUACACAUACAUAUCUUAUGGGACCAACUUGCCAAGGCACACAACGGUGAACGAAUGAGAGAAUAGCAACGUCCCUGCCAUUGCCGAGCACGUGAAGCCCCUCUGCCUGCAGAGCAUCGAUGCCGGAGUACCACUCGAACUGUAACACCAGUCUGAAGGAAGAAGGGGGAAAAAUCAGUAGAGAAUUGAUGGAUAGAUGGGAGUAGGCAUAUUGAAACCUAAACAGGUUUUUUUUUUGUUAAGUUUGUAUGUGCCUCAGUGUACCUCUAGCUGAUUUGAGCAGCAGAAAAAGCAACUUCAAGCCCAUGUCACACGUGCUUUCAUCUCCUCUUUGUUAUGCUGACACAGGGAAAAAACACUGGUUUCGGUCACGGUUUUUACUCAGGCUGCAGGAGACUUGCUCAGAUCAAUAAUAAUAAUUAUUGUGGUUGUUCAAUGCAUAGAAAUGACUUGCAUGAAGGCAUGUUUUGAUGAGGAAUCAUGCAUGAGUAAUCAUAGUCCACACGACACUUAAUGCUCAUAACCCUGCAGUGGUUUCAUAGUGUGUGCUGGGGGCUGCCUACUAUGGAUAAUACGAGUGGUGCUGCUCUUUUAAUGCAAACUCCCAUUGGGGGAAAUUGUAGGGCAAUUUAAAUGUGAAGGUUUUUUCCCGCAAUGACGGUGUUGUUGUUGAAGAGGCCGAAGUCAAUCCUCAUGUUGAGGACACUCAUCCUUAUCGGUGUGUGGGGCUCACAUCCCUUUUGUUGUUUCGCUGUCAGAACAAUGUUAGUAUGCCAGAGUUUGCAGUGAUUUGAGAUGCGCUGCUCAUAUGUUAAUAGAGGGUUCCCGCUGCUGUUGUAGCCCUUGUACACAGUGGUUGAAGACGCAUUCGAUUCCUUCUUUUUAUACUCGUGACAGAUAUGCAUUUGAGGUUCUCAGCCAACGAGUCGUUAUGUAACGUCACACGUUUGUGAUCAUUUGGAUGCAGCUUCUGGAAGUUUUGUCGUCUUCGAUAUCCUCCCAUAAGGCUUGAGAAUGACGCGGGCCGUUGUGAAGCGCAGGCGGGGUUAGCGCGCAGCUAUCCCGAGUUCUCGCCUCGUCGUGCCUCGCGUCCUCGGAAAGUGCAAAAAAAAAGGGCUUGUGGUUGCUUUAAUCCAGUGGGGUUUGUCCACGUGUGGUCCUUAACAACAGAAUCAACUGCCAUGUUUGUCAGUGUAUCAUUGGCACCAUUUUUUUUCCACACACAUUUCCAGUAAGUCGGGUGAAGACAAAAAAGGCGAGACUUUCGAUGAAACAUCAGCAGGCCUCACAUGAAUGCAGCUACGGUUUGUGAGCAAUCAAACAAGUCUUGCUGGUGAUUUCUUCUCUGUGAAGAAGCGCAAGGCUUUGUCAAUCCAGCUGCCUCUCGAGGUGUUCCUGCCAUUCUUUUUUGUAUGUGCCAGUCAAUGGUCCUAUUUCUAUGCUGAUGACUUGCCCAGUGUCCGCCAACGCACCACUAAUGCCAUUUUGGUGUGUUAAACACUGCCUGUACCCCUACAAAACACACCCUUUUUGUCUGUACCAUGAAGCCAGGUCUGUUUACAACAUGAGGUCUCCCAAUAGGUUUGGCUGCUGCACACUGAAACCAAAUACAUUCCCAACGAGAGAACCACUGGAGUGAGCUGUGUCGUCUGGCCGAACCACGCUUGUCUCGGUUGGAAACGCUCUGACUCAAUCACCGCGUCAACUCCAAACAAACAAAAAGAGAAGACGUGGAUGUACAGCGCAGGCAACAAUGUAAAUGGCACAAUUGCUGGAAAAGAAUGACUUUUGAGAGAAAAUAUAAAUAUUGUACCAUAUGAUUUUAUUUUAUUGGCAUGCUUUGUUGUGUUUUUGUAAAUACAGAAUUUUAAAACUGUUCCUACUAAUCACACGAAAAAAGAAUCAUAACAAUAAUAUAGAAUGGCUUCCAUCUAUGCCCUUUGUCACAUUUGUUACUUUUUGGAUUUUUUGAGACAAAUUUCACUAUGAAUUGAAUUACGUAUAAUAUGAAAAGAUCUAUCCAUGUCUACAUAUAUGUCUAUAUGUAUAUACAUCAAACAUAAGAACACUGUCACAUUUUAGUUUACGUGCAACACUGUUCACUGUUGGUGAAGGGAGGGGGGGCGUGUUUGUUUGAACUGUAGCCUGAUCAUGAUGACAACAAUAAUGUUACCAGCACAUCACUUCAUUCACUCAAUACAAAUGCACGCACACACACAGCGCACACUGCCACUUAGCUCUUCCUGAAAGACAUCAGCUGGGGUGACUCAUACACCCCAGGAAAAGUAUUACCCCUCCUUUUACUCCUACUACCACCACACUCAGUGCCAUGACAGCUUGUCCUCACCUUUUGUUUUCAGUAGUGUUCCACUCAAUGGCAUGUGCCUUUUUUCUGCUUUUUCUGCAAAUUUGGAUGUCUGUCACACCCCAAAACAUGGGAAAAUAAUACAAAAUGUGGAAGGUGAAGCUGGGAGGGGAUUGGGGGGGUGGGGGGGCACACAACAUGCAUCAUGGAUGCGCAAUCAUAAAAUUGGUAUUUAGACCUUUCACUUCAACUCGAUAUUUAAGCGUCCGUCUCAGUAAAAAGAAAAAAAAAAAAAAAGAAAAAUCAACAAUGUCCUGUUCUUCUAGUUCUGUGUGUGUGUGCAUAUGUGUGUAUGUGUCACUCACUUGCUUGUGAAAAAGCAGCUUGCCUUUGAUACGUUUAAGUUCCUCCACGUUUGUUUCCCUCUAAAAUUUAUUUUUUUUAAUGACAUGUAAUUAUAGGACUCAUUUCCUUUUUUAAAGCAUGGUUUUUUUAGUAUCAACAUUCUUUUGGUUUUGAAAAAUUUAAAAACUAUUUUUGUUUUUAUUUCACACCAUGUUUUAAAAAAGGUGUGGGGGGUAUACAGUACAAUAUGCUGUUGUGUUGCACAACCACUUGGACUCUUGGCAAGAAUAUAUUAAAGAUUGUCUUCAUUUGAGCACGAACAUUUUUAUUACCAAUAAAGCAGCCUUCCAGUUCAAA